GCAGCGUCGUUGGAGUAAACAAAAAACUUUGACCUGCUCUUUAACGGGACAGACUAUCUAAACAUACGGAACAUGUUUGUAUAAAAUACCAUUGAUCUGAUUAGAAUGGAAGUCUCUUUGGAGGAUGACAACUACUAUUACCAUGAAAACUUUACAUUCAACUUCAGCUAUGAUGACUACUCCCCCAUCUGUGAGAAGGGUGACAUCCGCUCUUUCGCAGCCAUCUUCCUCCCUGUCACAUACACGGUGUGUGUGGUGGUGGGGCUGGCUGGAAAUGCCGUAGUGGUGGCCGUAUAUGCCUACCACAAACGCCUGAAAACCAUGACGGACACUUUCCUCACUCACCUGGCUGUGGCGGACCUGCUCCUGCUCUUCACACUGCCUUUCUGGGCUGCUGAUGCGGCAAGGGGUUGGGAACUUGGGGAGGUGGUCUGCAAGAUCGUGUCAGCCUGCUACACGGUCAACUUCACUUGCUGUAUGCUGCUGCUGGCCUGCAUCAGCCUGGAUCGGUACUUAGCGGUGGCUAGGGCUCAGGGCAGAGAGCAAGGAGGGCGGCUGCAGAAGAUAUUCAACAGGAGACACUGUUGGAAGAUGUGUGUGAUUGUUUGGGGGACAGCUUUCAUCCUUGGCCUGCCUGAUUUGAUACUCUCUGAAGUGAGGUGGGCAUCCAAUAGGAACAUCUGUCUGGCUAUCUAUCCUUCGUCCAUAGCUGGAGAGGUUAAAGCUUCCCUGGAGAUAGCAGAGGUGCUGCUGGGAUUUGUGAUUCCUCUCCUGGUGAUGUUGAUAUGUUACUGGAACGUGGGUCGGGCACUUAAGCGCCUCCCUAUCGAAAGCAGAGGCAAGAAGUGGAAAGCCCUGCGUGUCCUCCUUAUAGUAGUGGGGGUAUUUGUGGUCACUCAGCUGCCCUAUAACGUUUUGAAGGUCUAUCGGGCGAUGGACUUCGUCUACGUUUUAGUGACGCACUGUGGGACAAGCAAAUUGUUGGACCAGGCUGCUCAGGUGACAGAGAGUCUGGCUCUCACACACUGUUGCCUCAACCCGAUCCUCUACGCCUUUGUAGGGUCCUCCUUCCGGCAGCACAUGAUGAAAGUGGCCAAGAAGUUCGGGGAAAAGAGACGAAAGAGGGGGCAGAGAAGAACUCCUGCAGAGCAAGAAGGGAUGGAGAUGUCAUUCAACUCCAACAGUGCAUCUCAAGAGACUAACACAUUCUCAGUAUGAGUUACCACUAAUACUUCAUGGUGUAGGACAUAUAGACAUAUAUCAAAAUCACAUCACUUAUUUAGUAGAGUAAAAUAAUUUAUAAUUUAGUUUCCAGGGAGCUCCAACAUAGUUUACUUUGAGUUAGACUGGCAUACAUUGUCCUACUACUGUAUAUACUCGCUAGAGAACCUGUGUAUCCAUAAUAAAUGCACUUACCCUAUUUUCAUGUAGUUUAGCUAAAAACUAGUUUCCAGCUGUUCACUUAGUCUUUUACGUUUUUUGUAAUGUUCUGUCAGUUUUUACAGCCUGAUCCUCAAUAAAUUAUAUUCAAUUUUAUUUUUUUAUUUUUUAUAGUGGCAUGACUAUAAGAUUUUUUACUCAAAUUUAACAAUAAACAAUAAAAGAGCUUCAAAAUG